AUGGAUAUUGCGCGGCAACACAUCGAGACCAUUCGGCACGAUCUUUUGGGCGGCCCCAGUUCUGACCCCAAUAGCAGAUUGUUUAGUGUUUUGACGGGUGCCUUGGAGAUAAUAUCAAAGAAAGUCCACCACAAGGAUUGCCAUUUCCUUAACGAACUCAUUCAGAACUUCGACGACACGGGGUAUGAGGAAGUCGACGAGCCUACAGUCAAAUUCACCCUUACCGACACACAUUUCCUUGCCUGGUCGAAUGAAAACGGCUUCAAGCGAGAGGAUGUAGACUCACUCUGUGCUAUCGGACGUAGUUCGAAAGCGAGUGACCUGGAAAGCACGGGAGAGAACGGGAUUGGCUUCAAAUCCAUUUUUAAAGUGGCUGAUCAGGUCACGAUUAAGUCUCACCCAUAUUCGUUUACAUUUGACACCGCUUCUGAACUUGGACAACUCGGCAUGCUGGUCCCUACCUGGGUGGACCAACCGACCGGCCCCAAGGACGGAACCCUACUCACUAUUCGGCUCAAAAAUCAAGACGGAAUCCGAACGGCACUGUCUGAUCAGCUCAAGAAUUUCGACUUCUACUCAUUGCUAUUCUCGAGAGUGUUGCGAAAGAUUAAGAUUGUCCAAGUUCGAGGAAGCUUCACUACGACUGAGGCUUCCUUCAGAGAGCAUGGCGAAUCAAUCACCGAGCUUGUUAUAGAGAGAAGCCACGGGCCCCGUACUAUAGAACGUUUUAUCAUCCGGAACCACAGCGCUGAAUCAAAGACCAGAGUAGACACUCGCAAGUGGCCAACAAACAUUCGGCUCGCCUUUCCUGUAGUAGGCGAAAACGAUAAAGGACCACAUCAAAAACGCCAGCAAAGUUGUCUGACGUACGCAUUUCAGGGCAUCCAGGACUUUGGAUUCUCUUUCAUGAUCCACUCGGACUUUAUCUUGGACGCCAGUCGAAGCCACGUUGAGCCUGACCAGGCAUGGAACAUCGAGCUCGAAAGUCACAUUAGCACGAGCAUUGUUGAAGCCUUGACCUGGUUGGCACGAGACGCCCAGUCGCCAAUCCCGCUGCAGUGGCCCUUUUACCUCAAUUGCCUAGAACAAGUCCGUGACAGAUAUUUUCAGCGAAUUACCUCAAAAGUAAAGAAAAUGCUUUGCAGCUUGAAAUUGGUCAGGAUGGAUUUAGAAACCUCUGCUGGUGUUACACGUCCAUUCGGCCGUCCGCGAGAGGCCAUUAUUGUUGACAAUAGAUUUCGACAAGACGGUCGUCCCCUGCUCGAUCACCCCGAUGACUUGGGCACUUUUGUCAGCAGCAAGUACGCUCCGCAGGCUCUAGAUAGCCUGAAGAUACUGGGCGUCUAUCAGAUGGAUUACCAUUACUUCAGUCAACGAUUCGCUGGUAUGGUUAAUCGGGACCCCACAUAUAUUAGAACGAAGUCUAGCCGAUGGCACUCGGUAGUUGCGACGGUUCUCCUACGACACCCUAGCUACCCACAGCUGAAGCAGGUUCUCAAGUCUUCCGCAAUUGUGCCUCUCAAUAAUGGGGCCUGGAGGGUGCCGACACCUGAAAAUACCUUUCUUCCCAACAAAGCUGCACCGCCAAUACCAAGCGGUUUCUCUAUAUGCACGGUUGCCUCGGAGGCUAGUGAAGACACAUCACGACGUCGACUGUUUGAGGUGCUUGGUCUCCGCAAAUGUGACUUCAGCGACGUCCACAAAAUCAUCCUAAAGAAACAUCAAGGGAGCCAAUUCUGGUCUCAUGCGCAAUUGUUGGAACAAGCGGUAUAUCUUUUCCUUACUGGAUACAAGCCAAGAAAUUUACCAUUCACUUUCAUUAACUCAAGAGACAUACCCAUAUCGAGCGAGCUAGUUUUCUUGUCUGAGUCGAGGGCCACAUCCCUUCGACCCUUAUUCGAAGCGGAUCUGAACAUCUCCUGGUUGCACGAGGACUAUUACAGUCCUCCUAGUAUUGACGCAGGUCUGAGGGUGGAAUGGUGGAGUUGGCUGCGUCAGUGGAAAAAUAUAUUGGAUGAUGUGCCAGUCAUCAGCACCAAUGGCCAAUUAUCGACGGCAUUCAAAGGCCUAUACGACCGCUGCGGCUCCGGCAAGGCGCUGGACUUUCUUCGACAGAAUUCCAACCUGCCAUUGACCAACUCAACUUGGUGCAACAACGUAGGCAAACUGGAAGUAUCAACCACAGAUGGGCCUCGAAAACUCUGCGAAACUGCAUUGCCCAUUCUCCACGAGGAAGCUGGUGGUAUGGUGCCGCUUAUCAGCCUCGAACCAUCAGAUGCCGACUGGUCUUUCUUGAAGCAUUUUGGAGUGUGUGUCUCUGUUGACAGGAGAUUUCUCUUCUAUCAACUGAGUUAUCUCAAAGCCAAUAAACAUGUAACAGACCCGCUUGCUUCAACAAGACAGAUCUAUUAUCGUCUCGGAAAGCUUAUCGCAAACGAUUUGGAAAUUUCAAAAAUGAGGCACGGGCCCUAUCCCCUGCAAUUCUGGAACAGAGACUGA